UCCGUCUAACCCCCCAGAUCCCCAAUUACCCAAUCCCGCACCCACCCACCAGAAACCCUAGCGCACGCACACGACCUCCGUGUGCAGCGCGGCGCCGUCAUGAAGGGCCCCCUGCAGUCUAGCUCCGGGCACAACGCCGCCGCCGGGGGAGGCGACGGCAAGACCAUCGAGGAGAUGUAUCAGAAGAAGACGCAGCUGGAGCACAUCCUCCUGCGGCCGGACACCUACAUCGGCUCGGUGGAGAAGCACACCCAGACGCUCUGGGUCUACGAGGGCGGCGCCAUGGCGCACCGCUCGGUCACCUACGUCCCGGGCCUCUACAAGAUCUUCGACGAGAUCCUCGUCAACGCCGCUGACAACAAGCAGCGCGACCCCAAGAUGGACGCCCUCCGCGUCGACAUCGACGUCGCCGGGUGCUGCAUCUCCGUCUACAACAAUGGCGACGGGAUCCCCGUCGAGGUCCACCAGGAGGAGGGCGUCUACGUGCCGGAAAUGAUCUUCGGCCACCUACUCACCAGCAGCAACUACGAUGACAACGUCAAAAAGACCACCGGCGGGAGAAACGGCUAUGGGGCCAAGCUCACCAAUAUCUUCUCCAUGGAGUUCGUCAUCGAGACCGCCGAUGGGCGCCGCCAGAAGAAGUACAAGCAGGUUUUCUCUGAAAACAUGGGGAAGAAGUCAGAGCCCCAGAUUACCAAGUGCAAGCAGACGGAGAACUGGACCAAGGUCACCUUCAAGCCUGAUCUUGCCAAGUUCAACAUGACCCAUCUUGAAGACGAUGUUGUAGCCCUCAUGCGGAAGAGAGUGAUUGAUAUGGCGGGCACUCUUGGCAAAACCGUGAAGGUUGAGUUGGAUGGCCAGAGGGUGCCUGCAAAGAGCUUCUCAGAUUAUGUGAACCUGUAUAUCACGUCUGCUUCCAUUGACAGACCUGAAGAACUCCCAAGGAUUUAUGAGAAAGUAAAUGAUCGGUGGGAGGUGUGUGUGAGUCUAAGUGAAGGGCAGUUUCAGCAGGUCAGCUUCGUCAAUAGAAUUGCAACCAUAAGGGGUGGAACUCAUGUUGAUUAUGUCACCAACCAAAUUGCCACCCAUGUGAUGACCAUUGUGAAUAAGAAAAACAAGAAUGCAAACAUGAAACUGCAUAAUGUGAAGAGCCAUCUAUGGGUCUUUGUUAAUGCACUCAUUGACAACCCCGCCUUCGAUUCACAGACCAAGGAGACCUUGACCACUCGUCAGGGAAGCUUUGGGUCAAAGUGUGAGCUUUCUAAUGAUUUCCUCAAGAAAGUUGAGAAAUCUGGUGUUGUCAGCAAUCUCCUCUCCUGGGCUGAUUUCAAACUAAGCAAAGAACUAAAGAAGACUGAUGGAACCAAGAGGUCAAGAAUUUCCGGCAUUCCAAAACUUGAGGACGCAAAUGAAGCUGGUGGGAAGGACUCUGACAGGUGCACCUUGAUCCUGACUGAAGGAGAUUCAGCAAAAGCUCUUGCUAUGUCUGGCAUAGCUGAAGUAGGGAGAGAUCACUAUGGUGUGUUUCCUCUCAGGGGAAAACUAUUAAAUGUGAGAGAAGCAAACCAUAAGCAGAUAAUGGAUAAUGCGGAAAUUCAGAACAUAAAACAAAUCCUCGGUUUGCAGCAUGGGAAGCAGUAUGAUAGCACAAAAGGCUUGAGAUAUGGCCACCUCAUGAUAAUGACAGAUCAGGAUCAUGAUGGUUCUCACAUCAAAGGGUUGUUGAUCAACUUCAUUCAUUCAUUCUGGCCAUCUCUUCUUAAAGUUCCUUCUUUCUUGGUUGAGUUCAUCACUCCGAUUAUAAAGGCAACCAAUACCAGGAACAAAACUGUACUCGCGUUUUACACAAUGCCAGAGUAUGAAGCAUGGAAAGAGAGUUUAGGAGGAAAUGCAGGUGUAUGGUCUGUAAAGUACUAUAAGGGGCUGGGAACAAGCACAUCCAAAGAAGGUCAGCAGUACUUUAAAGAUAUCGCCAAACACAAGAAGGAUUUUGUCUGGGUGGAUGACCAAGAUGGUAAUGAUAUUGAGUUAGCAUUCAGCAAGAAAAGAAUUACUGAUAGGAAAGACUGGCUUACCAACUUUCAGCCUGGAACUUACCUUGACCAACGUGAGAACCAAAUCAAGUAUCGUGACUUCAUCAACAAAGAGCUGAUACUCUUCUCAAUGGCGGAUCUGCAGCGAUCAAUACCUUCAAUGGUAGAUGGCUUUAAACCAGGUCAGAGGAAGAUUAUGUUUUGCUCGUUCAAGAGGAACUUUGUUAAGGAAGCUAAGGUGGCCCAGUUCUCUGGUUAUGUGUCAGAACACUCAGCAUACCACCACGGCGAGCAGAGUUUAGCAAGUACAAUUAUUGGAAUGGCUCAAAGUUUUGUUGGUAGCAAUAACAUAAACCUUUUGCACCCUCAAGGCCAGUUCGGUACCAGAUUUCAGGGGGGAAAAGAUGCUGCAAGUCCUAGGUACAUCUUCACCAAACUGUCCCAUAUCACUCGUUCAAUUUUCCCAAAGGAUGAUGACAUUCUUCUUAACUACCUAAACGAAGAUGGGCAGUCAAUUGAACCCACCUGGUAUGUGCCAAUCAUUCCCGUGGUUUUAGUCAAUGGAAGUGAAGGAAUUGGUACUGGAUGGAGCACAUAUAUCCCAAACUACAAUCCAAGAGACAUUGUUGCUAACCUAAGACGGUUGCUGAAUGAUGAGUGUACCGAACCAAUGCAUCCAUGGUACAGGGGGUUUAAGGGCUCUAUUGAGAAGACAAAUACAAAGGCAGCUGGUGUCACGUAUACCAUCACCGGUAUUAUAGAGGCUGUUGACAACACUACACUGAGGAUUACCGAGCUGCCGGUCCGCCGCUGGACUCAGGACUACAAAGAAUUUCUUGCAUCUUUGGCUCCAGAGGAUAAGAACAAGGACAAGGAAAUAUUUAUUGAGGAUUUCACGAUGCAAGGUGACAAUGAGGAUGUUUACUUUGAGGUCAAAUUAAGUGAAGCAAAUAUGAAUAUAGCUAAGGAAGAAGGACUGACGAAGAAGUUCAAAUUGACAACUACAAUUGGAACUACAAACAUGCACUUGUUUGAUGCAGAUGGUAAAAUACAGAAGUAUGACAACCCGGAGCAGAUACUUAAAGCUUUCUUUAAAUUGAGGCUUGAAUUCUACGAUAAAAGAAAGAAAGCAUUAUUGGAAAAUAUAAAGCUGGACCUGAAGAAGCUUAAUAACAAAGUUAGGUUUAUCCGCUGUGUUGUCGAGGAUGAAAUAGAAGUCAAGAACAGGAAGAGGGCAGAGCUUUUUGUGGAGCUCCAGCAGAAGAAUUUUGAUCCUUUCCCGAAGAAAAAGAAGGCGGCCGAGCCAGCUGCUGUAGGAGCUACAGAAGAGGAGGAUGAAAAUGAAGAGAGUUCUGAAGCUGCAAAAGGAAUUGCUCUUGCAAGCGACUAUGAGUAUCUCCUCUCAAUGGCAAUUGGCACCUUGACUCGGGAGAAGAUACAGGAGCUGAAUGAUGAGAAGGCCAAAUUAGAGAAUGAAGUUGAGGAACUGAGGAAAACAUCACCAAGGUCACUUUGGUUGAGAGACCUUGACGCUUUUGAGAAGGAGCUGGAUGUGCUUGAUCAAAUGGAUGAAGCAGAGGCGGAGGAAAGGAAGGUGAGGAGGGAAGAGAAAGCGAAUGAAGAGAAGGGCAAAAAGAAAGGAUCCAAACCAGGAACCAAGAGACAACCCAAAAAGACUGCAGCUAAACCUCCAAAGGUGGAAAGUGGCACAAGUGAUACUCCAGGGAAUACUGCUGAACAAGUGGUGGCAAAGCGUGGAGCUACAUGGAAUAAACCAACCAAGAAGGCGCAUGGUGCUGGGUCUGAUGAUGAAGAUUAUGGACCAGAAAAUGCAAAACCUGGACCACAAAAGAAGAAACAAUCUAAGAAAGCUAGUGCACCGGCAAGUGAUGACGAAGAGGACGACGUGCCCGCACUAAAAGAUCGUCUUGCAGCUUUUAACAUUGAUGACUCCUCUCCAGAUCAUUCUGCCAUGGAUACUGAAACAACAGAAGGGCAGCAGAAUGAAAACAAAGGGAGGAAGGGACCAAGCAAAAGAGGCGCAUCAAAGAAGGCGUCGUCAUCCUUAGCGGUGAUAUCUUCUGAUGACGACGAUUUUGACAUGGAAGAAGUCUCAGAAGUCCAAAAUCUGAAGAAAGGUAGAGGAAGGAAGCCCACUGCUGCCGAGAAGCCGAAGGCUGCUACCACCAGGAAGAGGGCGCCAGCUCAGGGCAAGUCCAUGAUACAGAAAGUGAUACAAGAGGAGGAGAGCAACACCAGCGCUCCUUCUCCUGAGAAGAAGGUACGGAAGAUGAGGGCCUCACCCUUCAACAAGAAGAGCAGCUCGGUUUUGCAGAGAGGCGCAACCGCCUCUUCGACAAGCUCUGAAAGUACUUCUGAGACUUCACCCUCUGGCAGCUCCGCUGAGCCAGUUGCUGCACCGCAGCCAAGAAGGACAGCUAGGACGACCAAGAAGACAACAGUCUAUAUUUCUGAGAGCGAUGACCCCGAGGAUGAAGUGGUGGAGUUAACUGAUGAUUCCGACUUCGACUUGGACGACAACUCUGACGACGAGUGAAUUUGAGGCGGUGGAACAUGUAAUGAUACAUGUGCUGUUGUGGCAGUACCUAGUUGAUGAGUCGUUACAUUUUAGCGACUAGUGAAUCUGAGAUGCAUCUCUUGUGCGUUAUGGCGUUCGGUUGCCAAGACAUUAAUCGAUUUGGUCGUUGUCUAAUUCUGGCAUCCAUCUACUGUGUUUGCACGUGUGUGUGGUAUGCGCAGCAGUGAAAGUUUCUGAGUCCGUCAGUUGGUUAAAUGGA